AUGACAAUAAAAGUCCUUAUUUUGGGGCAUUCCUUUAUUCGCAGACUUGAGAACUUUGUAACAGAUAAUUUUGACCAUCGGGUGACACCGAAUUUAAAUCUUAAUUCGGAGGAGGUACAGAUUUUUUAUUCAGGAUACGGAGGAGCGUCACUGGCUCAGAUUCGCGCGCAAGGUACAUAUUACGUUAGAGACUUGCGUCCAGAUGUGGUUUUGUUACAAGCCGUAUCAAACGACCUGUGUAGGAGAAAUACAUCAGUGAAUGAUAUUUACCGUGAGCUGGUAGACUUUGUAAUUUAUCUCCGUUAUGAGGAAAAUGUGAAGAAAGUGGUGGUGCUACAGACAUUGCAUAGAAUUCCCCCGACAAGGCGUAUCCGGUUUCACGUGGACACAGCAUGGUUUAACACGAGGGUGGAUGAACUAAAUAGACGAGUGUCCAAUUACUUGAAGAAUGUAGACUCAGCAACAUUCUUUCGCCUGUCUGGUUUCUGGUGUCCUAAUAAUCAACGGGCAGUGUUUUUGGCUGAUGGGGUCCAUUUGAAUUAUCAAGGAAAUAAGAAAUAUUAUAAUAAUGUGAGGGCUGUGAAUGAACCAUCUGGAGCGAGGCGACCAGCCAGGGCCAGAAGGCUAAGACGACAAGUACCAGCCGCGGCAGGUUCAGCCGAUCAGGCAGCUCAGCAGGACGCUUUAGAAGCUGAACAGGCGGUUCAGCAGGACGCUUCUGAUACCUUACAGCCGCAGCUAGUAGCUGCCGUAACGGAGCAAGUCCUAAAGGCAAUCCGCGAACAGUCGGCUGGUGGUCAAUCUGGGGAGGAAAGAGGACGUGAACGCCAAAGAAGCUCGAGAGGAAGGAAACGUAGAAGACGGUCCUCUUCAGGUAGCAUGUUAGACUCUAGUUCGGAUCAAGAUAAGUCAGAUAAUGACUCAGAGGACAGCUCAUCCAGUGAGGAGAGUGAUUCAGAUGAUGAGCAACAGCUCUUAUCAACUCCAAUUUCUUCUCAAGUCGAUAGUAAACUCAAAAACAAAAUAUGGCAAAACAAGUACAUUGACUUUGCAAAAUUAAUACCAAAAGAUGAUUUUAGUAGGGAUAAGUCAGUACACUUGCAAAGCAUGGGUAAAUCAGAAUUUAAGUUUGUGACCUCAAAAUCAAAAACAGCCAUUAAAUCUAUUGAUCAGUGGACCACAGCAUUUUUAAAAUUUUUGGCCAUUUCCUCUGAGAAAUUCCCCAACUUGGUACCAGCGGUCAUCAAACAUGGUGAAAUAGUGCGCGAGCUAGCUAGCAGACGCACAGGUUUGGCAUGGUUAUCAUAUGAUAGGCAAGUCCGCAAGGACAUAGAAUCAAUGUCAAUUCCAUGGGGGCAACUGCACUAUGAGUACUGGGUUAUGGCCACCACAUCGCGACAAUCUAAUUAUGGCAAUCAGACACAUAAUUUUCGUGGCUGA